GCUGCCAAACUGUUCAUAAUAAGUGAAAAGUAAACAAUUUUCAGCAGUUUACUCUGUUUAAUGUCAUGCAUAGUAACUGUUGACAAGUAGACACAUGUAUAAACAAGCAUGUGUUUCAUAAUCUAUUAUAGAUAGUAUAAAAUGUUGAAUCUUCCUACUAAACCUUAACUACCAAACCAUGAGAACAGUUUACGCGUUACUGGCCAUAUUAGGGUGCUCAUCAGCUGUUAAUCUAAAUUUUGGUGGUUUGUUCAAAAUUGAUUUAACAAUUGAUGCUAACAUAAGAGAGGCUUUGAAUAAACUCACCAACGACUGCCCAGUAGCUCAAGAUCAGGUUUGUCCUUCUCAGGUCACAUACUGGCUUUACACAAGAGAUAAUAGAGAUGGAAGACAGAUAGACGAAAAUGACUUGGGAGGUGCAGGGUUCAUAAAAAAACAACUGAAGAUCAUUGUACAUGGAUACACAAAUGACAGAAAUAGCCUAAUGAUGACGUCCUUGAUAAACGCCUACUUGGACUACGGAGAGUACAACAUCAUCGGCAUCGACUGGGGAUAUUUUGUAAAGGAUGGAUGUUACCUACAGGGUGUCUACAGCAUCAACCCUGUAGCCGCUUGUCUUUCAGGCUUCCUUAAGAAGGUUAUAGAUUGCCAUGGAUUGGAGAACUUUGAAAACAUAGUUCACAUACUAGGACACAGCCUGGGAGGACAUGUCGCUGGAAGAACGUCCUCCCAGAUGCAAAGAAAACAUGGCGUCCAGUUUGCCAGACUUACAAGAUUUGAUCCUGCUCUGCCACUCUUCUUCUCCGGUGAUGAAAAUAAAGGAGUAGCUGACUUCAGGGAUACAUACCACAGCAACAUUGGUAUACUUGGUCAGAGCGCGGCUGAGGCGGAUGUUGAUGUAUAUCUCAACAACGGCCAGUUCCAGCCAGGCUGUGGGUGUGAUCUGGCGUGUUCUCAUAUGAAGAGUGUGUUGUACUUCGCGGAGAGUAUCAACUCUGAAAUGUGGGGGAUCUACUGUAGUGCCUGGAGUAAACUGAUAGACGGCAAAUGUGACAAACAUGCAGAACAAGACCUGAGACUUCUGGGUGACAAGGUGGACCAAAACGAGAAAUAUGUUUCCUUCAUUACUUUCGGAAAGGAACAAUCGCCGUACUUGUUCGACAAGCAGGAGUAUAUCAAUGAUGGCACCUUCAAUGAAUUUGACAGUAUAGGCAGAGAAGAAUGUUCAGAUGUUAUAGAGGAUAAAAUUGUUGCCUACUUGAGUGGAAAAUAAAAUCUAACACAGCUCCAACUCAAACAUUGUGUUGUAAUUGUUGAUCAU